AAGAUUCCCUUUAAGCCUCAGCCUGUUGCUUUGCGGAAAGGCGAGCACAAGACCGAGGAAUAUGCAGCCAUCAACCCAUUCCAGCUUGUCCCAGCAAUUGACGAUAAUGGAUUCAACCUCACUGAGAGCGUCGCCAUUUUGCGUUACUUGUGCCGCGAGCACAAAGUGGCCGAUCAUUGGUACCCCAGUGAUUCAAAGGCACAGGCACGUGUCGAUGAAUACCUUGAGUGGCAGCAUGUGAACACCCGACUGCAGUGUGCUAUGUUCUUCCAGUUUAAGUUCCUGCGACCAAAGAUGCUUGGGAUGCCAGUGAAUGAAAAGAAAGUUGCGGAGUUCAAGGAACGGAUGGAAACUGUGCUGGAUCAGCUGGAAACCAUUUGGUUGAAAGAUCGCCCGUUUAUUGCCGGAGAUCACAUAACCAUUGCUGAUUUACUUGCUGCUUGUGAACUGGAGCAACCAAGUAUGGCUGGGUAUGACGUGUGUGAGGGAAGGCCCAACCUGACUGCCUGGUUCAAACGCGUCAAAGAUGCAUUCCAACCACACUAUGAUGAAGCACACAUGAUGGUAUACCGUGUCAAGGAUAAAUUUGCGGCCAGUCCAUGA